AUGUCUGCUGACCAAAUAUGGAUUCAAAAGUUGGACAAUCCAACAUUAACUGUCCUACCACACGAUUUUUUACGUCCUCAACAGGAACCAUUGAUCAAACAAGCUGAUUACAUGCUUGAAGUCUCUCAAUUGGAUCUUUCUCACGCAACUCUAACUGAAAAAUAUACUACUGCCCUCGCUGUUUGGACUGCCUUACUUUAUAGACUAUCUGGUGAUGACGACAUUGUAUUAUAUAUUGCAGAAAAUAAGGUAUUGAGAUUUACCAUUCAACCAACACUAUCAUUUCAACAAUUGUAUACCAUAAUUGCUGAAGAAUUGACAGCCCUUAAUAAAAUUUCAUCAGAUGUCUCAUUCGAUGAACUUUCCGAGAAGAUCCAAGCUCAACAAGAUUUAGAGAAACCACCUCAAUUGUUCCGCUUGGCCUUUUUAAAGGAACAAAAUGAAUCGGUACAAUUAAACCAAUUCAAACAUCAUUUGCUAGAUUUAGCUCUAAACUUAAAUGGGAACAUAUUGCAAAUCGUCUACAAUGAAUUAUUAUAUUCUACCGAUAGAAUUAAAAUUCUUGCAGAUCAAUUCAGUCAGUUUUUGUCAACUGCUCUAACUAAUCCUACAGAAUGUAUAACUAAGAUUUCAUUAAUGACAGCGUCCUCCAACUCAACACUACCAGACCCAACAGCCAACCUAGGUUGGUGCGAUUUCGUUGGGUGCAUUCAUGAUAUAUUCCAAGAUAAUGCUGACAAGUUUCCUGAAAGGGUUUGUGUUGUGGAAACUCCAACUCCAACCAAUUCUCAAUCCCGUGUUUUCACAUACCAAGAUAUAAAUCGUGCCUCCAACAUUGUUGCCCAUUAUUUAAUUAAUACAGGGAUUCAAAGAGGCGAUAUUGUAAUGAUUUAUUCAUCCCGUGGAGUUGACUUGAUGGUUUGUGUCAUGGGUGUAUUGAAAGCUGGGGCCACUUUCUCCGUUAUUGAUCCUGCAUAUCCACCCGCUAGACAAACUAUUUACCUUGGUGUUGCCAAGCCACGCGGGUUGAUUGUGAUUAGAUCUGCUGGGGAACUAGAUCAAUUAGUGGAAGAUUAUAUUAGAGAUGAAUUAGAUGUUAUUUCUCGUAUCCCAUCUAUUGCCCUUCAAGAUGAUGGUACAAUUCAAAGUGGUGGUUCAACUGAUGUCCUGGCACCAUUCGAACAUUUAAAAGAUACACGCUCUGGCGUCGUUGUGGGACCUGAUUCAAACCCAACCUUAUCGUUUACAUCAGGUUCAGAAGGUAUUCCUAAGGGUGUCCUUGGUAGACAUUUUUCGUUAGCGUAUUAUUUUAGCUGGAUGUCCAAACAAUUCAAUUUAUCUUCUGCAGAUAAAUUCACAAUGCUAAGUGGGAUUGCUCAUGAUCCUAUCCAAAGAGAUAUGUUUACUCCAUUAUUUUUAGGUGCUCAAUUAUAUGUUCCAACACAAGAUGAUAUUGGUACCCCUGGUAGACUGGCGGAAUGGAUGGGUAAAUAUGGUUGUACCGUGACACAUUUAACCCCUGCAAUGGGUCAGCUGUUGACCGCACAAGCUACAACUCCAUUUCCUAAAUUGCAUCACGCAUUUUUCGUGGGAGAUAUCCUCACUAAACGUGACUGUCUGCGACUACAAACUUUGGCAGAAAAUUGUUGUAUUGUUAACAUGUAUGGUACAACAGAAACUCAACGUGCUGUUUCUUUCUUUGAAGUUAAGUCUAGAAGCCAAGAUCCAUCGUUUUUAAAAAAAUUGAAAGAUGUUAUGCCCGCUGGGAAAGGUAUGUUAAAUGUGCAAUUAUUAGUCGUCAAUAGAAAUGAUCGCACACAACUUUGUGGUGUUGGUGAAGUCGGUGAAAUUUAUGUUCGUGCUGGUGGGUUGGCAGAAGGUUAUAGAGGUUUACCUGAUUUGAAUAGGGAAAAAUUUGUGGAAAAUUGGUUUGUGGAAAAGGGUCAUUGGGAUCAUUUGGAUAAAGAUAAUGGUGAACCAUGGAGACAAUUUUGGUUUGGACCCAGGGAUAGAUUAUACAGAACAGGUGAUUUAGGUCGUUAUUUACCAAACGGUAAUUGUGAAUGUUGUGGUCGUGCUGAUGAUCAAGUUAAGAUCCGUGGGUUUAGAAUUGAACUUGGUGAAAUUGAUACUCAUAUUUCUCAACAUCCUUUAGUUAGAGAAAAUAUUACUUUGGUGCGUAAAAAUGCUGAUAAUGAACCAACUUUGAUAACAUUUAUGGUUCCAAGAUUCGACAAACCUGAAAGUUUAUUGAAAUUUCAAACUCCUGUUCCAGAAAAUGUUUCAUCAGAUCCAACUGUUAAGGGGUUAAUUGGUUACCAUCUCUUAGCCAAGGACAUUAAGAUAUUUUUGAAGAAAAGAUUAGCAAGCUACGCUAUCCCAUCCUUGAUUGUUGUCUGGGACAGAUUACCAUUAAAUCCAAACGGUAAAGUUGAUAAACCAAAACUACAAUUUCCAACUCCAAAACAAUUAAAUCUAGUUGCUGCCAAUAUUUCAUCUGAGAUUGAUGACUCUGAGUUCACCGCCACAGAACGUGAGGUUCGUGAUUUAUGGUUGAGCAUAUUACCAACUACCCCAGCUUCUGUGUCUCCUGAAGAUUCAUUCUUUGAUUUAGGUGGCCACUCAAUUCUAGCUACCAAGAUGAUCUUUAGUUUGAAGAAGAAACUAAAUGUUGAUCUUCCAUUGGGAACUAUUUUUAAAUACCCAACUGUCAAAGGUUUUGCUAUUCAGUUAGAUGCUGCUAGAAACUCCAAGAAUAUUGUUGCAGAUAUGAAUCCACUUGCAACUGCAGAUUACGCCGAGGAUGCUAAGAAGUUAGUCGAAACAUUGCCAAAAUCCUAUGCUUCUCGUGAACCAUUUGUUGCCCCAGAAAAUGUUAUGGAGAAACAAAUCAUCAACGUUUUUGUUACAGGUGCUACUGGUUUCUUAGGUUCCUAUAUUUUAUCUGAAAUCUUAAAGCGUUCAAGUUCAGCAUACGAAUUCAAAGUUUUUGCACAUGUUCGUGCAAAAGACGAAAAGGCAGCUUUAGGUAGGUUAGAAAAAGCAGGUAUUACAUACGGUACAUGGUCUUCAGACUUCUCUUCUAAUAUUGAAGUUGUGUUGGGUGAUUUAUCUCAAGUAAACUUUGGUCUUUCUGAUGAACAAUGGAGCAGAUUAACUAAUACAAUUGAUGUUAUCAUCCACAAUGGUGCUCUAGUACAUUGGGUUUACCCAUAUUCCAAGUUAAGAGCUAGUAAUGUUAUCUCCACUAUCAAUGUUAUGAAUCUUGCAGCCUCUGGUAAGUCUAAAUUCUUCGAUUUUGUUUCUUCUACCUCCACUCUAGAUACUGAACAUUACUUUUCCCUCUCUGACAAGUUAUCUUCUGAAGGUAAGACUGGUAUUUUGGAAUCAGAUGAUUUACAAGGAUCUGCUUAUGGUCUUGGUGGUGGUUAUGGUCAAUCCAAAUGGGCUGCCGAAUAUAUUAUCAGACGUGCAGGUGAAAGAGGACUACGUGGAUGCAUUGUAAGACCAGGCUAUGUUACUGGUGCUUCCUCCAAUGGUUCUUCCAAUACAGAUGACUUCUUAUUAAGAUUCCUAAAAGGUUCUGUGCAACUUGGAAAAAUCCCAGAUAUCAAGAAUAGCGUUAACAUGGUUCCAGUUGAUCAAGUGGCUCGUGUGGUGGUUGCUACAGCUUUAAAUCCUCCUAAAGAAGAUCAGUUAGCCGUUGCUCAUGUCACAGCUCAUCCACGUAUACUUUUCAGGGAUUAUUUGUAUUCCUUGAAGAAGUAUGGCUACGACGUCGAAAUUGAAUCUUACGAAGCUUGGAAGAAAUCCUUAGAAGAGUCUGUUAUCAAUAGAAACGAAGACAACGCUCUUUACCCCCUAUUGCAUAUGGUACUUGAUAAUUUACCAGAAGGUACAAAGGCCCCAGAAUUAGAUGACAGUAAUGCUGUUGCAUCUUUGAAGAAAUAUGUGUCUUGGUCUGGUGUGGAUAACUCUGCAGGUAUGGGCGCAACUCCAGAACAAAUUGGCAUAUAUAUUUCCUUUUUAAAUAAGGUAGGAUUCCUUCCACCUGCAAGUCAUGAAGGCACCUUGGCUUUACCAAAGAUCCAACUAUCUAAGGAACAAAUUGAACUAGUAUCUUCUGGUGCUGGUGCACGUUCAAGCUCUGCUGCUGCCUAG